CUAUCCUUAUUACUGAAGACUGAAGACUGAAUCCGUCGUCUUCAAGGUGAAAAGUAGUUACACAUAAAGCGCGUUUUAGAAUUGCGUAGAAACCCAAUGUUACAUAAGGUCGUUGUCCUAAGAUGAUAUAGCUACUAAAUAUAAUCAGAAGAAAAGUUCAUUUAACUGGAGACUACAUUGUUAAGUAUCAAGAAGGUCAGCCGUUAAAAUGAUUUUAAAUGUUAUAUACUUCAGAUAACAUUACAUCCAGAUGUGUAACUUAUUGCCGAAUUAUCAAGUCACAGCAGAUUGUAGUGAGGCCUAUGAAACAGACUCAGAUUUCUCAUAUUCCGAAGACAAAGAUCUUAAGAGUUCUAAAGCUCCGAAGCAGAAAUCUAAACAAAACAAAGGAUAUAAUCCAAGCACUAAAUCAUCAUUGAAGAAUAUCAGCUACAAAUCAAAACUAUCACAGCAUAAUCCAACAAUAAAACCUUCAUCUCAGUCAAGAUUUGAUCAUAUAUCAUCAACAUCUUCAUCGAAGAAGCCAAAUAUCAACAAUAAAUUCUCAUCAGGAUUUCUGGAAAGAUGGGAAUCAAAUCAACUAGCGUUAGCUAAUGCAAACAGUUUGAUUGUUCAAUUGAAUAAAGAAUUGAAAGAUUGUAAAUUAGAAUUAAAAACUUUACAAAGACAAUAUAAAAUGCAGGCUGUACGACUGGAUAAAGCUAUAGGACAAGAAGCUGAUAUGCCACAAAUUGUUGAUCGUUUAAAUUCAGAAAUACGUACAUUACAAAUUCGAUUACGUGAUAAAACAUUACAAUCAAGUGCGGAUCAAAGAAAAAUUAGUGAAUUACAACAGCGGAUUUAUUUAUUAGAGAAAACAUUUGAUGAAAAAACUAAUCAAUCUCAAUACACUGAUGAAGGUUCAGUGAUAUCACACAAACGAAACAAUAAAACUCAUGAUAUAUCUAUAGAAUUACAAGAAGAAAAGAAGAAAAAUUCGCAAUUAAAGCAUCAAUUAGAUUUACUAACAAAAAGUCACAAACAACAAAUCAAUAUGAAUAAUGAAAAACUUCGAAGUUUACAACAAGAAUAUCGACAUUUAGAAGCUAAACUUUAUGAGAAAACUCAGCAACUCCAGGAGAAAACAAAAUUACUUGAGUUACAGAAUGUUUAUAGCCAUCGUAUCCCAAGAAAAAAUAUCACUGUGGGUCAUUUACCCACUUUAUCAUUCACGUGUUCUACAAAUGAUAUUGAUAACUAUAUUGAUGAUAAUAAAGAAGAAAUACAAAAAUCCAAUAAUCAAUUAAUAGAUCAAAAUAAAUGUAACUCUGGUGAUAAACAUUCAUCUAUGCUACCGCAAAUAAAUGCUAAUGAUUACAAUCACAAUAAAAUCAAUGUCGAUGUUUCAUCAUCAUCCCAAAAUGUCGACAGAUGUGACCGAUUACAGCAAUUGCCUAAUAUACAGAAUGAUAUGGAAUCUAAUUUAGAAGCAAAUCAAUUGAUGAUGAUGAAUGGAAAAGUGAGAAAACUAUCAAAUCAUGAACAUGUUCUAGAAUAUAAAAAAGAAAAUUCAUCUCAAGAAGUUAUUCAGAAUCACCAAACAAAUGAAUCCAAUCUUCAAAGCAAUAAAGUAAAUAAUAACAAUGAUACCGAAGUGAAGUCAAUGAAUGGAUUAACCGGAAAACUGCAAAAUAAUGAUCUUCCCAUUAAUCAUAAUGAAAUGAGUAAAAAUAAUCAUUCAAUUCAACUUGAUUCAAACUCUAAAGAAAAUGAAUUAACUUAUGAAAAUCAUAUAUAUACUACUACUAAAAUGAAUCAUGAAAGUAAUACAGAUAGGAAAAACAUAAAAGAAAUGACUAAAAAUGAAAUCGAAGAAAGAAAAUAUAAAAACCAUUUAGUACAAACCCUUCAAGAAAUCGAUAAAAAAGAAAUAAACAAUAAACAUUAUGAAAAUCAUAUUUCAUCACAAUCAAACUUAUUACAUAAUCCCAUUAACAAUUCAGUUAUGAAUAAUACUGGAAAGACAAGAGAAGAAGAACUAUGGAAUGACUUAUUUGGAUCGAUAAAGGAUAAGGUCCAUGAAACAUCGGAAGUGAUAAAUCAACAUCAACCUUCUAAUGAUGAAAUCCUAUUGAAAAACAAUUAUAACAUUGUCAAUGAAUAUACACACAAUUCAAACUAUAAAACAGGAAUUAAUCAAGAAAAUAACAAUGAUAAUGAUAAAAAUCAUUUAUUCACUUCAAAAAGUCCAUCAUGGUUAACAUUUCAUAAAACAGUUAAUCAACUAUCAAAUGAAUUCAACAUGACUGAUAAUAGAAACUCAUUGAAUAAUAUUGAACAUAGAACUUUUAAUAAUAAUCGAUUCAAUCAUAUCACUACUUCUCAAUUAGAUAAUAUUGAUACUGAUAUCGAAGUAUUACAAAUUUGAUCAUGGAAACGGAUACAAUAAUCGUCUGUUUACUUAUUAUCAGUAUUAUUCAAAAUGAUGUCGAUUAUCAUAGUAAAAGGAUUGUUAUUAUUCCAUGAAUCCAUAUAUGUAAUUCGUUAAUUAUUCGUAAUAUAUUGACUGUAUUUAGGCAUACUUCUGUUACAAAUGUUGGAUAUUGAUGAACAUGGUUAUGAUAUUAUUUAAAAACGGUGUACUUUUUAUGCAUAAAUUUAUACAAAUGUGUUUCUAUGUGAAUAAUUUGUCUUCAUUAAAAAGUAGGCUCCAAAUAAAUUGUUUGUAAAUCUAUGAA